AUUGUCUCUUUUUAUAUAAAGGAUGUGAAGCAAGGAAAGGCUAGUGUAAAGUAAAGGCAAAGACAGUGUAAUGGAACGCAUUGGUGUUGUAUCCCGAGGAAUAGUUCGUGAAGUGCUCACAAGAGAAAACUAUCAAGAAUGGAAAACUCUAAUGGAAAACUAUUUGAGGGGGGAAAAUCUGUGGGAAGUUGUGGAGAGUGAUUCUGUUUUUGAUGCACAGAGAAACGCAAAGGCUCUGCAUAUUAUUCAACUAUCAUGUGCACCAAAUAUUUUUGAUCAAAUUAAACAUUUUCAAACUUCCCACAUAGCUUGGAAUCACUUGGCUAAUGUCUGCAGGUCUGAGUUUAAAGUCCAUCAGCAUAUUCGACACGGUAUUGUAUCCGACGUUAGCGAGCACAAAGAUUUAUACAAGUUUGUGGAAACCGGUGAUUGGAAAGAAACAAGCUCAUACUUGGAGCGUCAACCGAAUGCCAUAAUUUGGAGUCCGCCUUCAGGUAGGACGGUUCUUCAUGUUGCAACAAUAGAAGGACAUAAGACAAUUGUGGAGAGGUUAGUCGUAUUAGGAAAGAAACAAUUACUAGAAAUGCAGGAUGAGGAUGGUAAUACUGCUCUUGCUCUUGCUGCUGGUUACACUGGAGACAUUGAUAUAGCAAAGUUCUUUAUAAAUGCGCAAGGUGGUGAAAACCUACUUGCUAUAAAGAACAAAGAGGGUGAGAUCCCUCUUCUUCUGGCUGCUAAUUCAGGACGCAAAAGAAUGACUCGUUUCCUAUUCUUUAGAACUUCUUCCGAUGUCAUUGAUCAGCAGUCUUCACACAAUCGAGUUUUGCUUCUGGAACGAUGCAUCCAAGUGCAUAUAUUUGAUGUAGCUUUAAAAUUGCUUAAUUCUUACGAGGAACUGCCCAUUGAAUCCUUACGCGUCUUGCACCAAUUGGCUCGAAUGCCUUCUGCAUAUUUAAAGGUCAGCAGUUUGUUCCAGACAGUGAUUGACGGUUUCGAAAAUGGUGGUACUUUAGUCGGUUUGAUUUUGUCAAGUAUGGACAUGAUUGGAAAGUUUGUGGUUUCAGAAUCGACAACGGAUCUAUAUGGACUGAAUACAAUGAAUACAGAGAGUAUAUUUGGACACAAGCAUGAAUUUCUAAAAAUAUUAAGGUAUUAUAAAGAUAUUGUUUCGAAGUUUAAUAGUUCAAAACUCCGGGAUGCUUUGGUGUAUGAUGCCAUGUUGGAAGCAGCAAAGCAUGGAAAUGUUGAGUUCAUAAAUGCUAUGAGGGAGGCUAACCAUGACCUCUUAUGGGCAAUGGAUGAUCAUGGAAGAGACAUAUUUUCGUAUGCAGUUCUUCAUCGCAAAUGCAAUGUGUUCAAACUCAUGCGUUCUCUCUGUAGAAAUAAGGAUAUAAUUAACUAUACAACAGACAUGCUUGGCAAUAACCUAUUGCACUUGGCUGCACGUUUAGGACCUUUGUCUGAUCUGAAUCUCAGACCCGGUGCUGCUCUCCAAAUGCAAAGAGAAAUUCAAUGGUUUAAGGCAGUGGAGGAAGUUGUGCAUGUCAAAUGUAGAGAAGCCUUAAAUGAUGAGGGUAAGAAGCCUGAAGAGAUGUUUAAUGAAACUCACAAGGAGCUGAUGAAAGAUGGAGAAAAAUGGGCAAAGGAAACAGCUGGGACAUUUGCAAUUGUGGGUGUUCUCGUUAUAACUGUCACGUUCGCUGCACUCUUCACUGUCCCAGGGGGUCUCCAUGAAGACACUGGAAUGCCGACUUUGAUAAAGGAAAAACGGUUUACUGUGUUUAUUGUAGCUGAUGUAAUCUCUUUCUUGGCUUCUAUCGUUACAGUAUUGAUAUAUAUUGACCUUCAAACAUCGCGCUAUGCUGCAACAGACUUCCUAGAAAGAUUGCCCACCAAGAUAAUGUCAGGGCUUGGGUUCCUUUCCCUGUCCCUAGUGUCCAUGAUGAUUGCCUACUGUGCUGCGCUUGGAAUAGUUCUACAAAAAUCAAGCUUGUACAAGCACUUCUAUGUAGGAAUCGUCAUAUUGGCGUGCGUUCUCUUCAUUUUACUCGUACCCUUAAAGCUCAUAUCUCAAAUUGUCAGUUUUACAACAGUAAAUCCCAUUACCGGUCGCCAGGAAACCUUCAGCGGAAGAGUUUUGCGUUAUAUCUUGCAUAUUUAUAUAGAUGUUUGUGUAUCAGUGUGGAUGACUCUACGAUCUUGAAUGAGUAAUUAUAAAUUGAGUAAUGACACACAUGUAUCUUCAUUUUAUAUACACCUUUAUAAACCUUUCAUUGCUUUUAAUUUUUUUUAUUCCACAGUAAAGAUGCUAAUUUAAUCUCAAUCUUUUCCUAUACUCAAUUACACUUUCAUGACUUAAUUAAGAAGCCUUAAAAAGAUCACUUAAGUUU